UGACGUCACUCUCCAGAAGGCAUCGCUCCGGUGGCGCAUCAUCACUUCAGCCGGUCUAAUUUCGCAUUUUAAAGUUUCCAUCAGGCCUUGGAGCUCAUAUUGAAGUGUCCACUCGAGCCGCAGCCCUGCAUUUCACAACACAAGACGAGUAUUUCACCAUGAACUCCGACAUGGAUGGUGACAUAGAAAAUCAAGUGGAGUUGGAGGAGAAGACCAGACUCAUAAACCAGGUCCUCGAAUUGCAAAAUACUCUUGAGGAUCUCUCAGCUCGUGUGGACGCAGUAAAAGAAGAAAAUCUGAAGCUGAAAUCAGAGAAUCAGGUUCUGGGGCAAUACAUCGAAAACCUGAUGUCGGCAUCAAGUGUGUUUCAGACCACCGACUCAAAGAGCAAGCGGAAGUAAGGGAGUGUUUCUCUCUCCAGACCCCACAGUAGACCACAACCCUGCAGAUCAACCCUCAUUAGCAGAUCAGUUAACGCUCAUUUAAGGUCUUUGCACACUCAAGUCCCAAAUUUUCAUUUGCGUCUUUUAAAUUCAAAUCCGAAAAUGUCUGAGGAUGUCCGUGGCUCAGUUUGAUGCUUUGCUAGAGAUACUGGAACCACUUAAAAAGAAGACCACCGAUUUCUGUCAACCAAUUGAUCCUGAACAGAGACUGCAGUUUGUCUAUGCUGCGGAGACGCAGACAGACACACACGCACGUACACCAAAGCUUGCCGACAAACUACCAUACAAUAAACCACAGAAAACUUCUCUUUUAUUAGUUAUUUCUAUUCAUGGUGGCCCUGAAUUGUCAAAACCAGGCUGAUCUCAUGAGGAAACAUAACUAUUUUACAUUUUGUCAAUUUGGUGGCUAACUCAUACGAGUUCAGUCGUUCCAAAAUGUACACUUUUAAAAAGGAGGCGUGGCAUCCAACCCCACCCCUUAACCCAACAAUGGGAGAAUAUGCAAAUUAUACUAAACUAUAUAAAUGAGAUUGCACGAAUUCAUAUAAAUAAGCCACUAAAUCUAAAAGUUACUUCUAAAAAUCGAGUUGUCAAAACACCUCUCAAAAAUAUCUUUUCGGAAGUGAAAAUGGAAAAUAAAUCAAACCUGAUUUGAUUAUUAUUAUUUUUUUUGACGGAUGAAAGUUUUUGCGUCAAACGUUGCGUCAAGGCAUUGCGCCAAACGUUGCGUCAAGGCAUUGCGCCAAACGUUGCGUCAAGGCAUUGCAUCAAACGUUGCGUCAAGGCAUUGCGUCAAACGUUGCGUCAAGGCAUUGCGUCAAACGUUGCGUCAAGGCAUUGCGUCAAACGUUGCGUCAAGGCAUUGCGUCAAACGUUGCGUCAAGGCAUUGCGUCAAACGUUGCGUCAAGGCAUUGCGUCAAACGUUGCGUCAAGGCAUUGCGUCAAACGUUGCGUCAAGGCAUUGCGUCAAACGUUGCGUCAAGGCAUUGCGUCAAACGUUGCGUCAAGGCAUUGCGUCAAACGUUGCGUCAAGGCAUUGCGUCAAACGUUGUGUUUAACGUGCAAAAAAUAUGGACGAAAAUUUCAGAUUCAGUGUGCAAUAAUCUUAAGGUCAUUGCACACUGAAGUUCGUAAUUUUCGUAUGUGUUUUGUAUGUUUUUUCCGUAUUCAUAUCUGAAAAAUUUGGCACAUACACAAACCUUGAUAUUAAGUCAGAUGCGUAUUAAUAUAAGAAAAAAAGCAAAACAUUUCAGAGUGAAUUCAAGCAGCGAUGCUUUGUUUUCCUCUCUCUUCUUCAAAAUAGAAAAUGAAAGAGGAAAUACUGUGAAAGGCAAAGAUUAUUUCAGGAAAUCAGUGAAAUUUCACUUGUGAUACUGCAGCGACACAAUGAAUCUUGAACUAAGACUGCCAUUACGUCGAAGGUUUGGGACACACACACAGCUAUCUUUAUGGGGACUUCCCAUAGACAUAAUAAUGUUUAUACUGUACCAGAAAAAUAUACCCACAAUGUCACAAUAUACUGGUAUUGCUAUACUUGUGGGGACAUUUGGUAUGCAAUUUAAGAAAUACAAGGUACACACACUUUAUUAGCUCAUAAAGUGUUCUGGGUAUUGGCUUUUGCUUGUCCGGUGGCUCUGAACUGUGAAAACACCUCCUAAAAUGUUUUUUUCGGAUGUGAAAAUUCUUAAUGACGGACGAAAGUUUCGGAGGCAGUGUGCAAUAACCUUUACACUAGGAUACAAAUGAUCCCUGUGCCACUAAAAUGGUAAAUGUUUACAUUAAUUUAUCAGUAUUUAUGUUCUUUACAUUUCGUUUUUUAACAUCUAUGUUGCUAAAAUAAGUUUUUAAACGUAUUAAGAUGGUUAAUUAAGAUUUGUUUCAUGUCGUUUAUGUUCAUAUGAUAUUCCUAUUCAUUUGUACCAUUUGAAAUUGUUUUGUCUUGCUAAAGAAACAAAUAAUGUAAUAUGUGUUUUCUAUUUUGGGGUACAGUUGUGUGUGCAUGACAGGUGCUCUCUCCCACUGAGCUGUUUGUCUGUAAUCAGCACUGAUAUACUUCAGUUGAGAGGAGAAGAAACGAAAAACAUUUCAGGGAAUGAAUUUAAGACCCUUUUCUUGGUGCUAUCAACAGAAGGGAGUUCUCUGGCAUGCAUUACAUCUGUACCUUCAUCAGUUUGUAUGUGUAGAAUCUUACCAUUGUGUGGCAUUGCAGAUGCCUGUUUUAAUUAAAACAAACAUGAUUUGC